AUUUGCCUCCUCCGUAUUCAGAAAGUUAAACUUAUUUCCUUACAACAAAGUUCAAGCCAAGACGAAAAUACGAUGAUGAUGACAAAAUGUUACAAGUUUCUUGUCGUGAUUCCUCUCCUCCUUCACAUCCUAUUCUUACACACACGAGGGAAUGAUUCUUUUUCUCGUCAACCUUCUCGCCAGUUAAUCUUAACACCCAACAAACGCUCAGAUUCUGAUCCUCAACAGGUGCACAUUUCAUUGGUGGGGGAAGAUCAUAUGAGGGUGUCGUGGGUGACCCAAGAGAAGCACCCAAAAUCUGUGGUGGAGUAUGGAACAAAGAAAGGGGAAUAUGGCACAAACGCAACGGGGGAGCACACGUCGUACCAUUAUUUCUUGUACAAAUCCGGCAAGAUCCACCAUGUGGUAAUUGGGCCUCUCAGGCCCAACACGACUUACUACUACAGGUGUGGAGGAUCGGGUCCUGAGUUUUCCUUCAAGACACCUCCACUGAACUUGCCUAUUGAAUUUGUUAUCGUAGGGGACUUGGGACAAACCGAAUGGACAUCAUCAACCCUAAAACACGUUGAUAGCAAAGACUACGACGUGUUUCUAUUACCCGGAGAUCUGUCCUAUGCCGAUAGCCAGCAACCUCUAUGGGACUCCUUCGGUCGUUUGGUGGAACCAUACGCUAGUCGAAGGCCAUGGAUGGUUACCGAAGGAAACCAUGAGAUCGAGAGUUUCCCCAUCAUCCACCCACAAGGUUUCAAGGCCUACAAUGCUCGAUGGCCCAUGCCAUACAAACAAAGUGGCUCCACCUCAAACCUCUACUACUCCUUUGAGGUUGCUAGCACCCACGUCAUCAUGUUGGCCUCUUACACUGAUUUCGAUGCACACUCCAACCAAUACACGUGGCUUCAAUCUGACCUAGCUAAGGUUGAUAGGACGAGGACCCCUUGGGUCAUUGCCUUGUUGCAUGCACCGUGGUAUAACACUAAUGAGGCACAUCAAGGUGAAGGUGAAGACAUGAGACAAGCCAUGGAGGGGUUGCUUUACGAGGCUCGUGUUGACUUGGUCUUUGCCGGCCAUGUUCAUGCCUACGAACGCUUUACUCGAAUUUAUGACAAUAAGGCUGAUCCAUGUGGUCCGUUGUACGUGACAAUUGGGGACGGAGGAAACCGCGAGGGACUUGCAUUAACGUUCAAGAAGCCUCCUAGCCCACUAUCAUUGUAUCGGGAGCCAAGCUUUGGUCAUGGAAGGUUAAGAAUAGUGAACGAAACACAUGCAUAUUGGUCGUGGCACCGCAACAAUGACACCGACGCAGUUAUAGCUGACGGUGUUUGGAUUGAGAAUUUAAGAAGCUCGAAAGCAUGUUGGGAUACACGACAGGUUUCUCAUGACGAGCUAUGAAAGCUCAACAAGGUGCAAUAGUAAUUGGUAGCAAUUGAUGAUCUCUUCAACAAGAAAGAGAAAACCCUAGCCUUUUUAGUUAGUUCAUAGCAGUUUGCUUUAAAAGUAUCCUACUGCUACUGCUGCUGUGUGAGAAGAGAAAUUAUUGUAUGGUGUGUGAUUGUGUGGUCCAAGUCCAACCAAUCUUUGUAUGAUAUGUAACUACAGUUUUUAAGCUAAACAAAAAAUAAAAAGAACAUAAACAGA